UUGAUUUUUCAAGAAACAUGAAUAGAAGAAGACGUAUCAAUCCAAAGGAUGAUGCCAGAUAUUAUGUCAGCACUGGAAAGGACAAACCAGGAUUUGAUGUAAAACACAUAAGUGUUUUCAAAGGUCGUGGGAUCUUCACUACUGCCCCAUUCGAAAAAGGGGACUUCCUACUAGAGUACCAAGGUCAACUCAUUACCCAUCAGGAAUGUGAGAGGAGGCAGAGGAUCUACCAUGACAGCCUUAAGGACUUCAUGUUCAAGUUCCGUUUUGAUGGAAAACUCUGGUGUGUUGAUGCGGCUAAAGAGGACGGGACCUUGGGCAGACUGGCCAACGAUGACCAUGUAAACCCGAAUGCAAAGAUGAAGUACAUUAUGGUUGAAGGAAAGCCCCAUCUGUGCUUGUUUGCAAAACAUAGUAUAAGCCCUGGAGAGGAGAUCACAUAUGAUUAUGGUGAUUCAGACUGGCCAUGGAGAUAUAAGGAUGAUGCUGCAGGGACCCAUGGCAGUGAAAUGGUGGACAAGCCCCAUGACACUAAGAUGGCAGCAGGGACCCAUGACACUGAGAGGGUGGACAAGCCCCAUGACACUAAGAUGGCAGCAGGGACCCAUGACACUGAGAGGGUGGACAAGCCCCAUGACACUAAGAUGGCAGCAGGGACCCAUGACACUGAGAUGGUGAACAAGCCCCAUGACACUGAGAUGGCUGCAGGGUCAUGUCCAGAUCCAAGGAAUCCCAGCAGGGUUGGAAAGUGUAAAAAUCAUCACCUUGUGCUCACAACAGUAGCCACCCUGGAUAAGUGCAUUCAGUGUGUGGGACCUGUAUCAUCGUUGAAGUGGUUAGGCUAUGAAUGCAAAGUGUAUGAUUAA